UUUGCUUGCUCAAUUGCAAGUUUCAUAAAAUGCAAAUCAUCUUUUAACAAUAAAAAAAAAUUAAAACAAAUAGAUCAUCAUGCCAAUAAUAUGUGAUCUACAAUUUAUGAUUUACUUCUUUCAAAUAGGAAGUUUUUUGCAACAUGACUAGCAAUUCUCCUAAACCAAGAACCAUUGCAGUAUUGGGUUCUCGAGCUGUCGGUAAGUCCUCGUUGACCAUUCAAUUUGUGGAAAACCAUUUUGUCGACUCUUAUUAUCCCACUAUCGAAAACACGUUUAAUAAAGUCAUACGGUAUAGAGGGCAGGAAAUUGCAGCAGAAAUCAUUGAUACUGCAGGACAGGAUGAACAUUCAAUUUUGAAUUCCGCUCAUGCGGUAGGAAUUCAUGGUUAUAUUCUGGUAUAUUCAGUUACAUCUCGACAAAGUUUUGAAAUGGUCAAAAUUGUUCGAGAUAAAAUCCUGAAUUACACAGGGACUGAAUCAGUGCCAAUGGUUUUAGUUGGAAACAAAACCGAUUUACACUUGCAAAGGCAAUUAUCUUAUGAAGAAGGAAAAGAAUUGUCUCAACAAUGGGGUUGUUCUUGGAUUGAGGCGUCAGCGAAGCAUAAUGAAAAUAUAACUAAAAUUUUUGAACUCAUGAUAAGUGAAAUUGAAAAGUCACUAAACCCCAAUGGAGAAGAAAGUGGUGGAUGUAUUAUUCUCUGAUUUUUAAAAUUCUUACUAGAAUUCGCAUAAAUUCACUUUGAUAUUGUAUUAUUAUUAUAUUAUUAUUGAAUUAUAUAUCUAGUUACUUUUUAAUAUAUUUUAUUAGGUGGCUGCAGGGUAAGGCUUAUUAUUAUGGUGGGUUUAUAAUGUGAAUAAAAUGUUUAAAAAGUAUGUGAACAUAGAUAGAUGAAACCAAAUUGAUUGAGAAAUUUUUUUAAUUAAUAAAAUUAAUCAUUUUUGUACUUUAUAUGCAUGUACAAUAAUUAUAGUAGCAACUUUAUUACCAAUAAAAAACCAGAAAUUUCUUAAUAGAUCACCUAA